AUGAGGCUCUUCCUCGUCACCAUCCUGCUGGCCAUCUUCUCAGUGGCCUCUACAAAAAGCCCCAUAUUUGGUCCCCAGGAGGUGAGUAGUGUGGUAGGUAACUCGGUGUCCAUCACGUGCUACUACCCAGCCACCUCCGUCAACCGACACUCCCGGAAGUACUGGUGCCGGAAAGGAGCCAACAGCCUCUGCACAACCCUCAUCUCUUCAAACGGCUAUGUCUCCAAGGAGUACGCAGGCAGAGCCAAUAUCAUCAACUUCCCAGAGAAUAACACGUUUGUGGUUAGCAUUGCAAAACUCACCCAGGAUGACACUGGGAGCUACAAGUGUGGUCUGGGCACCAGUAACCGACCCCUGUUCUUUGACGUCAGCCUGGAGGUCAGCCAGGCUCCGGAGUUCCCAGAGGACACUCAUGUCUACACUGAGGAGGUGGGCAGAAAUGUGACUUUCGACUGCCCUUUCCAAAAGGAGAACUCUCAUAGCAAGAAAUCCUUGUGUAAGAAGAUAGGUCAAGCCUGUGAACCUGUCAUUGACUCUACUGAAAACGUGAACCCCAGCUAUGUGGGCAGAGUAAAACUUUUCAUGAAAGGGACCAGCGGAUUAAUAUUCGGUGUCAGCAUUAAUCACCUAAGACUCAGUGAUGCUGGGCUGUAUGUUUGCCAGGCUGGGGAAGGGCCUAGUGCCAAUAAAAAGAAUGUUGACCUCCAGGUGCUAGAGCCUGAGCCAGAGCUGGUUUAUGCAGAUCUGAGAUCCUCAGUGACCCUUGACUGUGCUUUGGGCCGUGAGGUGGCAAAUGUAGCCAAAUAUCUGUGCCGGAUGAACAAGGAAACUUGUGAUGUGGUCAUUAAUACCCUGGGGAAGAGGGAUCCAGCCUUUGAUGGCAGGAUCCUGCUAACGCAAAAGGACAAUAAUGGCCGUUUCAGUGUGUUGAUCACAGGCCUGAGGAAGGAAGACGCAGGGCACUACCUAUGUGGAGCCCACAGUUCUGGUCUGCCUCAAGAAGGCUGGCCCAUUCAGGCAUGGCAACUCUUUGUCAAUGAAGAGUCUACAAUCCCCCCUAGUCGCUCUGUGGUGAAGGGUGUCACAGGAGGCUCUGUGGCCAUGGUCUGUCCCUAUAACCCCAAGGAAAGCAGCAGCCUCAAGUACUGGUGUCGCUGGGAAGGGAAUGGAAAUGGCCACUGCCCGAUCCUUGUGGAGAGCCAGGGCCUGGUACAAGAGGACUAUGAGGGCCGCCUGGCCCUGAUUGAUCAGCCAGGCAAUGGCUCCUACACUGUCAUCCUCAACCAGCUCACCACCCGAGAUGCGGGCUCCUACUGGUGUCUCACCAAUGGCGACUCUCGCUGGAGAACCACCAUAGAACUCCAGGUUGCUGAAGCUCCAGGAAAGCCCAACCUCGAGGUGACACCCCAGAACGCGACGGCUGUGCUAGGAGAGACCUUCACGCUCUCCUGCCACUAUGCGUGCAAACUCUACUCCCACGAGAAAUACUGGUGCAAGUGGAGCAAUGAGGGCUGUCGUGUCCUGCCUAGCCGUGACGAAGGGGCCCGACUGCCCUCCGUGAGCUGUGACCCCAGCCACCGGCUCAUCUCCAUGACCCUGAACCCCGUCAAGAAGGAAGACGAAGGCUGGUACUGGUGUGGGGUGAAGCAAGGCCAGAUCUACGGAGAAACUACAGCCAUCUAUGUGGCAGUUGAAGAGAGGUCACGCCAUGUCAACCCACCAGAUGCAAACGCACAUGCAGAUGAUGCUCCAAAAGGGGCAGAUGAAUCCAGUGUCAGUGAGAAUGAGAACAGAGCCGUUCUGAACACCAAGCUUCUGGCAGAGGAAAAAGGGAUAGAGAGCGUGGGAGACCAAGCUCAGGAGAACAGGGCAUCUGUGGAUGCUGGCAGUGCUGAUGGACCAAAGGGGAGCUCUAAAGUGCUGUUCGCCACCCUGGUGCCUCUGGGUCUGGUGCUGGCAGUGGGUGCUGUGGCUGUGUGGGUGGCAAGAGUCCGUCACCGGAAGAAUGUAGACCGGAUGUCAAUCAGCAGCUACAGGACAGACAUUAGCAUGGCAGACUUCAAGAACUCCAGGGAUUUGGGAGGCAAUGACAACAUGGGAGCCUCUCUAGACAAUCAGGAGACAGUCCUGGAAAGAAAAGAUGAAAUCGUGACUACCACUGAGAUUGCCACAGAGCCGGAAGAAUCCAAGAAAGCAAAGCGGUCAUCCAAGGAGGAAGCUGAUCUGGCCUACUCAGCAUUCCUGAUCCAAUCCAGCAACAUAGCUGCACAAGUCCACGAUGUUCCCAAGGAAGUCUAG